ACAACGCAGACAGCAUGGCACGGGAAGUUGUUCAGAAACGCUGUGAAGUUGUGACUGCUGCUAACUAACGUUAGCUAUAGACAUGAUGCCACCCAAUACAAUGUAACAGCAGUAGUUCAGCUAAUACCUAAAACAAUGUAUAAACUGACGCUUGAGCUUCUUGAUUUCCAAUGGAACGCUGCGUUUGACCCGCAACAUUAUGCUGAGAGGCAGGUGCGGUGCAUAGGUUGGACCUUUCAAACUGUAUGCACAGACGGCUUGACAGAAAUGGGAGCAGAAGGUGUGGGUAAGACCACCCUGGUCCAGAAGGCCUGUGACGUAAUAGUGUCUUCAGGUGUGUCUGUGGAGGGCUUCUACACCCAGGAGGUCAGGGAGGGGAGGCGCAGGGUCGGUUUCGACGUUGUUACUGUGACCGGACAGAGAGGAAACUUGUCCAGAGUCAGAGAGAAGUCUGUAGCUUCACAUGGAGGGAGGGAGUACACUGUAGGACAGUAUGUAGUGGAUGUACCUUCGUUUGAGAACCUGGCUCUACCUCUCUUCAGAAAGCUUGACUCUUCAUGCAGUAGCAACCAUCAGGUGUUUAUCAUUGAUGAGGUUGGUAAAAUGGAGCUGUUCAGCCAGGCGUUCAUCAGGUCAGUCAGACAGACCCUGGACUCUCCAGUCUUCUCUGUCCUGGGGACUAUACCCCUCCCUUCAGGAAAACCACUGGGUUUCGUGGAGGAGAUACGGACCAGGACGGACGUCACCGUCUUCACUGUCUCCAAGGAGAACAGAGAUGUUAUAUUACCAGAGGUUGUGUCAGCUCUAAAGGACUGUCUCAAACAAAGUGCUAAGUAGGUGGAAGUUAUCCAAGGUCAGUGGAACAUCAUGGAGGGCAUUCAGAAACACAGCAGCACUCUGAACUAGACCCUGAUGAACAAGACCGUCCCUGAUGGAUGGAUGUUGGCCAGCACUCUGUACUAGACCGACCCUUAUGGACUAGACCGACCCUGAUGGACUAGACCGACCCUGAUGGACUAGACCGACCCUGAUGGACUAGACCGACCCUGAUGAACGAGACCGACCCUGAAGAAUGAGACCGACCCUGAAGAACGAGACCGACCCUGAAGAACGAGACCGACCCUGAAGAACGAGACCGACCCUGAAGAACGAGACCGACCCUGAAGAACGAGACCGACCCUGAAGAACGAGACCGACCCUGAAGAACGAGACCGACCCUGAAGAACGAGACCGACCCUGAAGAACGAGACCGACCUGAAGAACGAGACCGACCCUGAAGAACGAGACCGACCCUGAAGAACGAGACCGACCCUGAAGAACGAGACCGACCCUGAAGAACGAGACCAACAAUGACGGACUAGACCGACCUUGACGAACGAGACAGACCCUGACGAACGAGACCGACACUGAAUAACUAGACUGACCCUGUUGAACUAGACCGACCCUGAUUGGUGGAAGUUGGCCAGCACUCUGUACUAGACCGACUCUGAUUGAUGGAUGUUGGCCAGCGCUCUGUACUAGAGCGACCCUGAUUGAUGGAUGUUGGCCAGCACUCUGAACCAGACCGACCCUGAUUGGUGGAUGUUGGCCAGCACUCUGUACUAGACCCUCCCCUAUUGGUGGAUGUUGGCCUGCACUCUGUACUAGACUGACCCUGAUGAACUAGACUGAACCUGAUGGAUGGAUGUUGGCCAGCACUCUGUACUAGACUGACCCUGAUGAACUAGCCCGACUCUGAUUGAAGGAUGUUGGCCAGCACACUGUACUAGACCGACCCUGAUUGGUGGAUGUUGGUCAGCACUCUGUACUAGACUGACCCUGAUGAACUAGACCGACUCUGAUUGAUGGAUUUUGGCCAGCACACUGUACUAGACUGACCCUGUUGAACUAGACCGACCCUGAUUGGUGGAAGUUGGCCAGCACUCUGUACUAGAGCGACUCUGAUUGAUGGAUGUUGGCCAGCACUCUGUACUAGACCGACCCUGAUUGGUGGAUGUUGGCCAGCACUCUGUACUAGACCGACCCUGAUGGGUGGAUUUUGGCCAAUACUCUGUAAUAGACCAUGGCCACCUAACCAUCCCCGGCUUACAAUUGGCUCAUUCAUCCCCCUCCUCUCCCCUGUAACUAUUCCCCAGGUCAUUGAUGUAAAGGAGAAUGUUUUCUCAGUCAACUUACCUGGUAAAAUAACAUAAAAAUCUAUAAAAAUGUAAUAAAACGAUGAUUUAAUUAUUUCUGAAAACUGCCACAUUCAGUUCUUCAACCAAUGAUAAUGUUGGAAGAUUAGUGAUAAAUAUAAUUAUAAUAUGGAGAAUAGUGUACAAUAAUAGACUAGAUCCUGGUCAAUUGCCUGCACCAACCGUGGAACCGUGUGAUUACAUCGCCAUGUGUUAGGGCUUGGUCUGCUCUCCUCUCCAUAGCUAUUGGCAUGUCUUUCUUAAUAUUGUCAACUUUACUAAUGAUCUUCAAAACAACCACACGGCCGUGAUGGCGUUUACAAAGUAAGCAAAUGAAGGUAAACCAAACAGUGAAAUGACUGGAAUGGUAAUGUGGACUAUACCAACUGAAGGGAACUAACAGUAAAUGGGCAGUUGUGUUGUUAUCAGACCUACUGAUGGUCCAUAUUGUUAUCAGGCCUACUGAUGGUCCAUAUUGAUUGUUAUCAGACCUACUGAUGGUCCAUAUUGAUUGUUAUCAGACCUACUGAUGGUGCAUAUUGUUAUCAGACCUACUGAUGGUCCAUAUUGUUAUCAGGCCUACAGAUGGUCCCUAUUGUUAUCAGGCCUACUGAUGGUCCAUAUUGUUAUCAGGCCUACAGAUGGUCCAUAUUGAUUGUUAUCAGACCUACUGAUGGUCCAUAUUGUUAUCAGGCCUACUGAUGGUCCAUAUUGUUAUCAGACCUACUGUUGGUCCAUAUUGAUUGUUAUCAGACCUACUGAUGGUCCAUAUUGUUAUCAGGCCUACUGAUGGUCCAUAUUGUUAUCAGACCUACUGAUGGUCCAUAUUGAUUGUUAUCAGACCUACAGAUGGUCUAUAUUGAUUGUUAUCAGACCUACUGAUGGUCCAUAUUGAUUGUUAUCAGACCUACUGAUGGUCCAUAUUGAUUGUUAUCAGACCUACUGAUGGUCCAUAUUGUUAUCAGACCUACUGAUGGUCCAUAUUGUUAUCAGGCCUACAGAUGGUCCAUAUUGUUAUCAGGCCUACAGAUGGUCCAUAUUGUUAUCAGGCCUACAGAUGGUCCAUAUUGAUUGUUAUCAGGCCUACAGAUGGUCCAUAUUGAUUGUUAUCAGACCUACUGAUGGUCCAUAUUGAUUGUUAUCAGACCUACUGAUGGUCCAUAUUGUUAUCAGGCCUACAGAUGGUCCAUAUUGUUAUCAGGCCUACAGAUGGUCCAUAUUGUUAUUAGGCCUACAGAUGGUCCAUAUUGUUAUCAGACCUACUGAUGGUCCAUAUUGUUAUCAGGCCUACAGAUGGUCCAUAUUGUUAUCAGACCUACUGAUGGUCCAUAUUGUUAUCAGACCUACUGAUGGUCCAUAUUGUUAUCAGGCCUACAGAUGGUCCAUAUACACCUCCAUUAAUACAGUGUAUCAGUAGACACCUCCUCCACACCUCCAUUAAUACAGUUUAGCUGUAGACACACCUCCUCCACACCUCCAUUAAUACAGUGUAUCAGUAGACACACCUCCAUUAAUACAGUGUAUCAGUAGACACACCUCCUCCACACCUCCAUUAAUACAGUGUAUCAGUAGACACCUCCUCCACACCUCCAUUAAUACAGUUUAGCUGUAGACACACCUCCUCCACACCUCCAUUAAUACAGUGUAUCAGUAGACACACCUCCAUUAAUACAGUGUAUCUGUAGACACACCUCCUCCACACCUCCAUUAAUACAGUGUAUCAGUAGACACCUCCUCCACAACUCCAUUAAUACAGUUUAGCUGUAGACACACCUCCUCCACACCUCCAUUAAUACAGUGUAUCAGUAGACACACCUCCAUUAAUACAGUGUAUCUGUAGACACACCUCCAUUUAUACAGUGUAUCUGUAGACACACCUCCAGCGUCAGCCCCGAAACCUGAAGGAUCUGGAGAAGGUCUAAAAGUUCUAUAAAAUCAUACAAUGUGAUUUUCUGGAUUUUCUCUCACAGUUGAAGUGUACCUUUGAUAAAAAUUACAGACCUCUACAUGCUUUGUAAGUAGGAAAACCUGCAAAAUCGGCAGUGUAUCAAAUACUUGUUCUCCCCACUGUAUGUAUGUGUGUGUAUGUAUAUAUGUAUGUAUAUAUAUAUAUAUACAGUGCCUUGCGAAAGUAUUCGGCCCCCUUGAACUUUGCGACCUUUUGCCACAUUCCACAUUUCAGGCUUCAAACAUAAAGAUAUAAAACUGUAUUUUUUUGUGAAGAAUCACAAUCUUGAAGUGGAACGACAUUUAUUGGAUAUUUCAAACUUUUUUAACAAAUCAAAAACUGAAAAAUUGGGCGUGCAAAAUUAUUCAGCCCCUUUACUUUCCGUGCAGCAAACUCUCUCCAGAAGUUCAGUGAGGAUCUCUGAAUGAUCCAAUGUUGACCUAAAUGACUAAUGAUGAUAAAUACAAUCCACCUGUGUGUAAUUAAGUCUCCGUAUAAAUGUACCUGCACUGUGAUAGUCUCAGUGUCCUGGUACUGGGUAAAGUUCAUGAUGCCGUUGACCUUACCAAGGGCCCCAGACCAGUGGAAGGUCAAUAGCCCCAUAACAUUACAGAUCCACCAGCAUGUUCUACAGUAGCUGUGGGCUCCUUUUGCUCCACUGGUCCGGGGCUCUUGGUAAGGUCAACGGCAUCAUGAACUUUACCCAGUACCAGGACAUUUUGGCCAAAACACUUUUUUGGUUACUACAUGAUUCAAUGUGUGUUAUAUCAUAGUUUUGAUGUCUUCACUAUUGUUCUACAAUGUCGAAAAAGAAAGAAAAACCCUGGAAUGAGUAGGUGUGUCCAAACCUUGGUAAGGUCAUGAACUUUUAUCCAGUACCAGGACAUUUUAGCCCAAAAAAUGGUUGCCUCUGCACACAUCAAAAUCCACAAAUGAAUGGUUAUUUGGCCACAAAAUCAACAUUUUGCAAUGGCCAUCUCAGUCUCCGGACUGAAAACCCAUUGGAAACUGGUGGUUUGAAUAGAAGAGGGCAAUGGUCUACAAUCCCUCCUAAUGCGUCCUCCAACGAAUAAAGCAUUUUAGAAAAAGGCUCAUUGCCGUUAUCCUCACAAGGUGUGGUAUUGAAAGGCAAUAUGUACGUGUUGGCAAUAUGUACAUUGUUAAGUCAUGCCAAUAAAGUAAUUUGAAUUGAAUUGAAAUGUA